AUGGCCUCCCUCCAGAAUCUCUAUAGCAGCCGGAGUCUGCAGCCCGGCUACGGGUCGAACUACAACGUCGACUAUGUCAUCCACUACCAGAUCCCCCAGACCGACCGCCAUGAGGCCGAGGCCGCCUACGUCCGUCUCAUCGAGGCCCUCGUCAACGUCGGUCUGACCACCGAGGUGCGCCCCGGCGACGCCGACGCCCUGCUUAUUUUCGUCAAGAUCGCCUCCGACAAGGUCUUGACCGACCAGAUCUACCGCUCACGCCUCGGUGACUGGCUUCAUGGCGCCCGUACCGUCGGCCCCGACCAGGAGCUCUCCGCUACCCUCAAGAGCGAACCCGUGACCGAGGCCGAGCGUCUGCGUCUCGUCUACCUCCUCAUGACGAAGCCCCGCAACGAGGGCGGCGCCGGCAUCACGCCCGGCACAGGCGCCUGGAAGCACGUCGCCGGCCUCUUCCCCUUGCACAACCACGACUUCAACCGCAAGCUCAUCCAGAAGAUGAGCACAAAGUACACCAUUGACGACGACGACCUCGACGGCAUCCGCAACACCUUUGGCGAGAACGUCGCCUUGUACUUCGCCUUCACCCAGUCCUACUUCACCUUUCUCGUCUUCCCCGCCCGCCGCCGGCUUCUCCGCCUGGCUGCUGCUCGGCCAGUUCUCGUGGUUCUACGCCCUCGCAAGCUGUCUGUGUGGGGGGUCCGCGGCGUCUCCAAGAUCCAGACCCCGCGCCCGCAGUUCGAGUUUGAGCACGAGGCCGAGGACCCCGUCACCGGCGAGCCCGUCAAGGUCUACUCGCCCUUCAGGCGCCUACAGACCCAGCUCCUGCAGAUUCCCUUUGCCGUCGCCUGCAUCCUGGUGCUGGGCACCCUCAUCGUGACGUGCAACUCGCUCGAGAUCUUCAUCAACGAGGUCUACAACGGCCCAUUCAAGCAAUAUCUGCCUGCUCCUCACAUGCCGGCCUGCUCCUCACGUGCCAGCCUGCGCCCUCUCCCUCACCCGACGGCUGACCCGUGCCAGGCCUUCCUUCCCACCGUCAUCCUCGUCGUCAUGACGCCCACCUUUAGCACUGUUCUGCUCAAGUUCGCCGAGCGCCUCACGCAGAUGGAAAACUACGAGACGAUCGACGCCCAUCACGCCGCCCUCGUCCAGAAGCAGUUCGUCCUGAACUUCCUCACGUCGUACAUGGCCCUGUUCUUCACGGCCUUCAUCUACAUCCCCUUUGGCAACCUGCUCCUGCCAUACCUCGACUUUUGGCGUGCCGCGGCCCAAAAGAUCGCCCCCGGCGACAAGUUCUCCACCCAGGAGUUCGUCAUCAACCCGGCCCGCAUCAGCAACCAGAUGUUCUACUUCACCGUGACGGCCCAGGUCGUCAAUUUCUUGACCGAGACUGUCCUCCCCUACGUCAAGCGCAAGGUCCUCGACGAGGCCAAGGAAGUUCAGGCCAAGAUUUCGAGCAGCAGUGCCGGCCCCCAGGUCCCCGAUGUUCCCGAGGAGGCUGACUUUCUCGCACGCGUCCGCAGCGAGGUUCUUCUGCCCACGUAUAACGUGACGGACGAUUACCGCGAGAUGGUCAUCCAGUUCGGCUACCUGUCGCUCUUCUCCGUCGCCUGGCCCCUGACGGCGUGCUGUUUCCUGAUCAACAACUGGGUCGAGCUGCGGUCUGACGCCGUCAAGAUUGCCAUCAGCAGCAGGCGUCCCAUCCCGUGGCGCGCCGACUCGAUCGGCCCGUGGCUCGAUGCGAUUGGUUUCCUGUCGUGGCUCGGCACCCUGACCAGCGCCGGCAUCGUCUCGCUGUGCAGCGGCAAGAACCCUGACGGGCCGGCCGGCGCGCGAUCGGACAUUAACGCCGUGGCUGUGCUCCUCAGCGUCUUUUUCGCCGAACACUUUUACCUCGUCGUGCAGAUGGCCGUCCGCUUCGUCAUGACCAAACUCGAGAGCCCCGGCCUGCAGAAGGAGCGCAAGGAGCGGUACCUCAUGAAGAAGAGGCUUCUCGAGGAGAACCUGAACCAGGCUGUUGACGACAAGGCGGCGAACCCGGGCAUCGCCAAGAGCGACAAGAUCACGCGCGAGACGCUGGAGGACGAGGCCCGCAGGGCUUCGGUUCGUGGAAGUGGCGGUUCAGACGAGAUGUGA